AUGAAACCAAGAACGAAUGCUGCAUCCCACAGUUCUGCAACUAUAUCUACAGAGGAAGUGACAUCGCCCACUGAGACAUCAACAAAGAGUUUCACAAGUGAAUUGAUGACAUCAGAAUCCACACGGGGAUCAACUACAAGUGCUACUGUGGAAUCUUCAACAGCAAGCACGGAGCAGGCCACAUCCUCUACUCAACAAAUCUACAAGCACCCUGUCCUCACUGAAAAAAACAACUUCAGUACAUCUCAGAAUCUUCACAAGCUCAAACAGACCUCGCCAACUCAACUUCGUCAUCUAGCUCUCAAGCUCGAGAACCAGGAUCUAUCCAGCAUUCCGACCUCUUCCUCCAGUACAGAGAUGACAUCAGAAUCCACACAGGAAUCGAGCAUUCCGACCUCUUCCUCCAGUACAGAGAUGACAUCAGAAUCCACACAGGAAUCGACUACAAGUAGCAUUCCGACCUCUUCCUCCAGUACAGAGAUGACAUCAGAAUCCACACAGGAAUCGACUACAAGUUCUACACUUGGGAGCUCGCCAACAUCAGAAACAACUUCA